GGUCUUAGCUCCAUAAUCCGUCUCCUACAGAUAGAGAGAGAAGUACAAUACACACUCAAGAGUAGAGGUAACUCAAAUGGCUGUCGGAAAAGACCCCAUGUAUGUGGAUCAAUCCCUGGAAAAUGGGGAGAUUCAGAAGAAUUUCGACGACGAUGGCAGAGAGAAGAGAACUGGGACUCUGCUGACGGCGAGCGCGCACAUCAUCACCGCCGUGAUUGGGUCGGGAGUGCUGUCUUUAGCUUGGGCCAUCGCUCAGCUCGGCUGGGUCGCCGGUCCGGUCGUCCUCAUGACGUUCUCCUUCAUCACUUACUUCACCUCCACCCUUCUCGUCGACUGUUACCGCUCUCCCGGCCCCGUCGACGGCAAGAGAAACUACACCUACAUGGACGUCGUCCGUUCUCAUUUGGGUGGCGUGAAGGUUCAGCUGUGCGGGAUUGCUCAGUACGCUAAUCUUGUCGGAGUCACUGUCGGUUACACCAUCACCGCUUCCAUUAGUAUGGUAGCUGUGAAGAAGUCCAACUGUUAUCACAAAGAGGGCCAUGAUUCUCCUUGCAGCAUAUCAAACUACCCCUUCAUGAUCGUCUUCGCCAUAAUCCAGAUAAUUCUGAGCCAAAUUCCAAACUUCCAUAAGCUCUCAUGGCUGUCUAUACUCGCCGCCGUCAUGUCUUUCGCCUACUCCUCCAUUGGCCUCGGACUCUCCAUAGCCAAAGUCGCAGGUCAUGGACCGCACCACGUAAGGACAAGCCUAACAGGGGUGCAGGUUGGGGUGGACGUGUCAGGAGCAGAGAAAGUUUGGAGAACCUUCCAGGCCAUCGGCGAUAUCGCGUUUGCUUACGCCUAUUCCACCGUUCUCGUUGAGAUUCAGGAUACCUUGAGAUCACACCCACCGGAAAGCAAGGUAAUGAAGAAAGCAUCCGGUGUGGGAGUGUCGACGACAACCUUAUUCUAUAUCAUGUGCGGUUGCCUUGGCUACGCUGCAUUUGGGAAUGAUGCUCCUGGGAAUUUCCUUACUGGGUUCGGUUUCUACGAGCCGUUUUGGUUGAUCGACUUCGCUAAUGUUUGCAUUGCCAUUCAUCUCGUCGGAGCUUACCAGGUUUUCUGUCAGCCAAUCUUCGGGUUCGUGGAGUCACGCAGCAGCGAAAAAUGGCCGGAGAGCAAAUUCAUAACGGCAGAAUACGCGAUCAGAAUUCCAUGCUUGGGAGCUUUAAGGGUCAACUUUUUCCGGCUGACAUGGAGGACAACGUACGUGAUAGUCACAUCGGUGUUGGCCAUGAUCUUUCCGUUCUUCAAUGACUUCCUGGGGUUGAUCGGCGCCGCCUCGUUUUACCCGUUGACGGUGUACUUCCCCAUCGAAAUGCACAUCGCUCAAGCCAAAAUCCCCAAGUAUUCAUUCAGGUGGACAUGGCUGAAAAUUCUGAGCUGGGCUUGCCUGUUCGUCUCCCUUGUGGCCGCCGCUGGAUCCAUUCAGGGCCUCGCUUCCGACGUCAAAACAUAUAAACCUUUUAAAACUCAAUGAUAUCUCCAUCCAGUUAUUAGCAGUGUAGAAUAUGUAAUAAUAGUUUCAAUAAAAUGGAUGGGAUUCUGAUGGUUAAUGCAAGUGUAGGAUGUGUGUUUAGCAAUUUUCAUAUUAAAUUCAAUGCCAAAGAUA